AUGGCCUUGCAGACUGCUCAACCCCGCCUGGGGUCCUGUGGGUCUCCCACCCAUGGCAGCCUCUUGCUCCUUCUCAGCUUCGGGUGGGUGCUACCUUCCAGGGCCCAGGCUGCAGACACGGAACUGGGGGUCAUGACCCCAUGGCUGCAACGGGACCUGUCCUGGCAGCAGCCUGAGGUGACCGUCAUCCUUCCGAGGACCCAGCGGGGCACAGAGAAGAAGGCCUGCCCCCUGGGGCGGAAGGCCCAAGUGGUGGACGAAAACCUUGUCUUCUACGAGGAGUGGGAGCUGGAGGCUUGUGUGGAUGGAGCCCUGCUGGCCGCUCAGAUGGACCAGGUGAACCUGGUGCCCUUCACCUACCAGCAGCUGCACAUUUUCAAGCGCAAAUUGGAUGAGGUAGUUCAGGACUCCCUCUACCCACAGGGGUACCCUGAGUCCCUGAUCCAGCACCUGAGGUACUUCCUUUGGGUGAACCCCGAGGACAUCCACAAGUGGAAUGUGACUUCCCUGGAGACCGUGAAAUCUCUGCUCAAAGUCAGCAAAGGGCAUGGGAUGGAUGCUCAGGUGGCCGCCCUCAUUGCCCGCUAUGUAGGGGGAGGGGGCCAGCUGGACAAGGCCACACUGGACACCCUGGCCACCUUCCCCGCUACCUACCUGUGCCUCCUCAGCCCUGAGCAGCUGGGCUUCAUGCAGCUCAACGUUGUUUGGGCGACCAGGCCCCAGGACCUGGACACAUGCAGCCCACGGCAGAUGGCUGUCCUCUACCCCAAGGCCCGCAUCACCUUCCAGAACAUGAGCGGGUCUGAAUACUUCACGAGGAUCAAGCCCUACCUGGGUGGGGCCCCCACGGAGGACCUGCGGGCUCUCAGUCAGCAGAACAUAAACAUGGAUGUGGCCACAUUCAAGAAGCUGCGGAGAGAGGCUGUGCUGCCGCUGACCAUUGCUGAGGUGCAGAAACUUCUGGGUGCAAACCGGGUGGGCCUGAAGGCUGAGGAGGGGAACAGCCCGCUGCGGGACUGGAUCUCCCGGCAGUCGCAGGAGGACCUGGACAGUCUGGGGCUGGGGCUCCACGGCGGCACCCCCAACGGCUACCUGGUCCUGGACUUCAACGUCCGAGAGGCCUCCUCGGGAGGCCCUCACCUCCUCAGACUAGGACCUGGACCUGUGCUCACUGUGACCCCAAGUCUGCUCCUGGCCUUGAUCCUGAACUGA